AUGUCAACGCCGCAACAACAUAAGAAGCUUUCUUUAUUCCAACAAAGUACGAUAAUCUUAUUAAACACCGCUCUAUUCCUGCCACAUACCAGGGAAAAAAUUAAUUUCAUACUUAAUGAACUUUAUAGCAAAAUAAUGACAAAUUCUGAUAGUUUGGAAUACGGCUUUCCUAAAAAAACUUCAUUAGGACUUCCUAACUGA